AUGUAUGGAGGAAGAAAUUAUGAUGUUAUUGUUGAAGCUUUGGAGUCGUUGGCUCAAGCGAUUGGGCAUAAUCUUCCGAACAAUCAAAAUGCUAGAGAGAAUGAUGAGUUUCGUGCUUUAGAGGUACAGAAGGUACAAUUUGGUCCGCAUAUGUUAUCUAAAGAGGCUAAGGAUUGGUGGGAUAACAUGCAUCAGAGACUGGAUGGUGAUGGUACUGAUAUCACUUGGACUAUGUUUAGAGCUAUAAUCUUGGAGAAAUACUUUCUUGAGGAUGUGUGUAGUAAGAAAAAGAUUGAAUUCCUUGCACUGAAACAAGGGAGUUCGACUGUUGUUGGGUAUGCUACCAAGUUUGAGGAGCUUUGUUGGAUUUAUGAUGAGGAUAAUAGAGCCCGUUCUGCUCACUACAAAAGUCUUAGUGAGAAGAAAGGAAAGGGACAGUUUCGAGGAAAUUUGUAUGUCACUCCUCCUGGAAAAGGGAAACAAAAAGCUACAAUUGAGAAGAAGCCAAGUGGAGGGAGUUCUUGCUUCAGUCCAAUUAUUCUUGUGAUUGCUAUUAUUGACACGGGUACAACACACUCUUUUAUUUCACUUGAUUAUGCUAAGAGAUUAGAAUUAAAGUUAUCUUCUAUGGUUGGAAGUAUGGUUGUUGAUACCCCAGGCAAUGGUUUAGUAACUACUUCAUUGGUGUGUUUGAAGUGUCCACUGAUUAUUUAUGGUAAGAGUUUUGUAAUGGAUUUAGUCUGUCUACAGUUGAGUCAACUUGAUGUUAUCCUUAGAAUGAACUGGUUGGAGUUCAACCGUGUUCAUACCAACUAUUUUUCCAAGACUGUGAUGUUUCCAGAUAUGGGAGGAGAUGGAGUGUUCAUGUUUAUAUUUUCUAAGCAAGUAGAAGAAUUUUUUAAAGAAGAGGCGCAAGUGUUUUCUAAGUUUUAUGCUUUGGGAAUCGACAGUAAAGCUGCAAUGAGAGAUUUGUUAGUUGUGUGUGAUUUUCCCAAAGUGUUUCCUGACGAUAUCAAUGAUUUGCCUCCAGAGCACGAGGUGGAGUUUUCGAUAGACUUAGUACCUGGUACUAGUCUUGUGUUGAUGGCUCCUUAUAGAAUGUCUGCUUUAGAGUUGAGUGAGCUGAAGAAAUAG